AUGUACUAUAAACUGAAAUUUCUUAUUCGGAUGUCAGACAGGGAGAAAAUAUUCCAAACAAUUCCAGCAGUUUUUAAGCAAAAAUUUCCAAGGCUAACAAGCAUUAUAGACUGCUUUGAAAUAUUUAUUGAGGCACCAAGCAAUUUUUUAGCCAGGGGACAAUGCUACAGUCAAUACAAAAAACACUGUACAAUCAAACAAGAGCAAGAUAAGUACAAAGCCCCCUUUCCCCCAGUAUCAAUGUUCAAAAGCUGUGCUAACACGUUUCCAAACAUUGAUAAUGGGGGAGAGGGGGUAGGAAAGGAUUAUACUGCACUUUUUGUAGCUUACUGCCAAUAUAUUUUGACCGGGAUUGUAGGUGCAGUGAACUUUAUUUCAAGUUGUUAUGGAGGCAUGCCUCUGGAGAAUCAGAUUUUACAACAACAAAGUAAGAAGCAGCUGUCAGCAGAAGAAAUCGAGUCAACACGAAAAAUUGCAUCAGUAAGAAUACAUAUCGAAAGAGUGAUUGGUCUUCUUAAAAACCGCUACAUUAUACUGAAAGGCAUCAUGCCAAUAAGAUGUGUUAAAAGUAUGAAGGACGAAAAACUUGAUGAGACUCUAGCUUAUUGUGACAAAAUUGUUACGGUUUGCGCAGCAUUGUGUAACUUAAGUGAAAGCAUAGUUCAUAGGAAGUAA